CAACCUAUCACGACCGAGCUGAUAUAAGACAAGGGCCUCACAUUCACAGACACCAUUUCACGACCAUUUUGUUUCCUUCUUCAUUCACAUUAUCUGAGAGGGCAUUUGGGAAUAUUGUCGCGAUGGCUUUUGUGUUGCAAAGUGCGUGGAUGGGCUUAUCGGGCCCGCUGACGACGCAAGAGGCCUUAUCUGGGAUCUUUGGCAGUAUCAGUUUGGCGACGUGGAUAUUUUUGCUGAUUCCUCAACUCAUUCUUAACUACAAAACGGGGAAGGCGGAAGGAAUUUCGCUGGCUUUUCUGUUCGUUUGGCUGGUUGGAGAUGUUACUAACCUUGCUGGCGCUCUCUGGGCAGAUCUCGUACCAACCGUCAUCGCCCUAGCCUUCUAUUUCUGUCUAGCAGACUUCGUACUCAUCACCCAAUGUCUAUACUACAACCACAUCAACGCCCGAAGAGCACGCCAAGCAUCCGUAGCAUCCACCGCAACCGAGGAGGAACCACUCCUCACCCGUCGCCGAAGCAGCGAUACUCUCGGUCUCCCUGGAUCUCACCGUCGUCGUUCCUCUGCUAGAAGUGGAGGGAGGAGAGACUCUCUUACUAAGAUCUUGGAAGAGGACGAGGAAGAUGGAAAUGCCUGGAUGAGAAAUACGUUGAGUAUCUUGGGCGUUAUUGCCGUUGGGGCCGCGGGAUGGGCUAUCGCGUGGCAAAGCGGCGUUUGGACUCCUACGCCAGAAGAUGGGGGAGAUCUGGAUGAGGCUAUGAAGACUGCGCUUGGUGCGAAGAUUCUGGGGUAUGCGAGUGCGGUUUGCUAUCUUGGGGCACGAAUCCCACAGAUUGUGAAGAAUUAUAGAGAUAAGUCUUGUGAGGGACUGGCGCUCUUGUUCUUCUUACUCUCUUUGAUGGGGAAUGCUACGUAUGGAGCGAGCAUUCUUUGCCAUUCGGUCGAGAAGGAUUACAUUAACACGAAUCUACCGUGGUUGAUUGGCAGCUUGGGGACAAUGGCUGAGGACGCUAUUAUCUUCAUCCAGUUCAGGAUGUAUUCCUCAAAACCAAACUCGUCUGCCAUCGAGUAGACUAUGUAUGUUGGGGGCCUGUAGUGGGUAAUGCGGAGUUGUAACAGUAUUGAGAGUUGCAUGGAUUCAAGGCGUUUGCAAUGUAAUCAUGGCGGGGGCUGUUUCGAUUGUUCUGUACCACUCUAAGAUGUGUACCAGUUUUUGCAUCAAUCCAUUUGCAUUAUUACACUUCAGGGGCUAUUACACUUCAGGGGCCAG